UGCCAUUUUCUAUUUUCCUUCACAUGUUCCUUCAUAAUUAAAAGCUAAUGACCGUUUCUUUUGCGCCCUCAUUAACGACAACACACAAAAACACCUCUCUCCCUUUUAUUCUCUCCUCUUCACAUCAGUACUCUUUCUGUUUUCCUCUCUUUUAUACGCAUUGUCUCAAUCUUGAGUCUGAAUCUCGGUGAUGGAAAAGAGUGUUAACACGUUUGGGAAAAGCGAGUCCCCAAGAUCACCGACUAGGCUGCAGAGGCAAGCUCCCUCAGCUCUGAAUCUUGACCGUGUUUCCGAGAAUCCCUUUGUGCAGCAGUCUUGUGAUGCAGUUGCAGGUGCAGCUAUUCCUCUGCUUUCACCUCUCUUUGUCUCUCCAAAUUCGCACUCUUCUCACUCUAAAGAAGGGCACAUAAAUCCAAAUCCACACGCUUCUCCCUCUAGAGAAGGGCACGAUUUUACGUUUCGGGCGGGUAAUAGUGAGAAGAACGGAUCUCAGCCUUCAAUGGACCACAAGGAAGGGUGGCAGCAUUCGGCUAAGGUCGACCAUAGUGACCAGAUGAGUCUCUUGAAUAUGUUUCAGACCAAGUUCCUGCUUGUAGAUCAUUCACAGUGAGGGUUUUAGCAUUUAUGAUGGUUUCUUUAUGUUUUUCUUGCUAAUCCAUUUCUCAAGAUGCUGUAAUAAGAUAUUAGCUAGAUACAAUUGUAAGCAAGAUCCAGCUUUUGGGAAGUUAAUUUUCCAUUGCGUAAAA